AUGAGUUCACCAGCAGUGGCUGGAGGACUUGCCCUCGUACUGUCCGCUUUGCGGCAGAAACUGCCUGCCUCUGAUUCCUCUCGUCCUCUACGUGUACCCUUCAAUCUCUGGCGAGCCACCAUCUUCCACACUGCUAAACGGUUGGAGCUCCUGACACCCCUUGAAAAGGGUGCCGGUAUCUUUCAGGUUGGAGCUGCUCUGGACUACUUGUUGACGCUCCUUCAGUCACCGAUACCUUCGGAGCCAGCAGCAGUCGAAUCACCUGCCCUCCGCAUCGAGCAGUGUCACAGCUCCACAGAAUCAAAGCCGUUGGGUCCCGAGGCGGUUGCCCAGCGCUUUUCCGGUUGGCGUUUGUACUGCGCCGUCACUGGUCCUGGAUGCAUCGUAGACAACAACAAGCAGGCAGGCAGCCGGGGAAUCUGGCUCCGACGUGGAUGGCUGCCUUCUGUAACCAAUCCGGCAUCCACUCUGCUGCCUGAGAUUUCCUUUAAACUCAAAAUUCGCCCGUUAUUCUCCUCUGUACGUUAUUUUUUUGAAUUUUUCGUAUUAAAAUUUCUGAAUAACUUCCAAUCUGUGGGCUUGGGUAAUUGCACAUCUGUAUAA